UUAUGACUAGGAAACCAAGAAAAAUUGUGCCGUUAAAAAGCAAACAAUCAAAAUAUUAAAGGUGCAUAUAUGGGAGAUACUCAAUUAAAAGAUGCAUAAAACAAUGUGUCCCGAAAAGAUUUUCGAUGUAAACGUAGUUUACUAUUAUGAUUUAUUCAAUCAGUUUAACAAUAACUAUGAGAAAACAAAUGCACCAAUGGAAUUUAAACAUUUAAAAAUACAUAAAACAAUGGGUCCCAAAACGAUUUUGGACUUAAACCACUUUUGCUACUAUGAGAUAUUCAAGCAAAUUAAAAAGAACUGCGAAAAAACAAAUGCACCAGAAGAAUUAAAAUAUGUCGACUUAAUAAAUUUUGUCGUUUGCUGCAAACCGUUUCGGAAAAUGUUUUAUGAUUGGGACGAGGAAAGUUUACGCAGUUACAAAAGUUUUUUCACACUUUUUUUAAGCUCUGGAAAUGAACUAGCUAUCGACUUUUCUAAGCUAUACACAACUGUUAAGGGCUUCUCUGCGAAGGCGAAGAACAUAUAUUGGCAAUCCGUAUGCCUUGCCAUUGAAGAGAACGACAACGUGAUCAGUGUAGAAUUGAUAUACAACCCCGAAAAUUUUCACAGUGAGCACAUAGAGGUAUUUGCAUCCGUGAUGAAGGCGCUGCAGAGAAAAAACAGUUUACAAUUUUUAGAAAUAAAUAUUUCUGGGUACACCAUCGACGACCUUUCCGGAUUUGAAAACCUCGAAAAACUCGUAUUAAAUGGGACAGUGAAUGUCGAAGAGUUAUGUAGAGGGCUCUGUAAUAAAAACAACUUGAGAGAUCUAAGAGUUUUGAAUAGCGAAAUGAAGGAUGGACGGUUGGCCGAUAUUGCUCAAUAUUGUAAGCAGGUGACUAACUUUGAAUUUAAGAUGAAGGUUGACUGUGACGCCUCAGAAUACGUCCCAUUGGCAAAAAUGCAACGUCUUAAAAUGUUGACGAUUCUUGGAGAGCACGAAACGGGUACCUUAAAGCUAUUUUUUAUAGCGCUGGCCAGAAAAGAAUUCAAGCUCAGCGAAUUAUGUAUAGAGGAUGCUGAUUUAAACUAUGAGGAAACCUCGGCUUUAUCUCAGAUUACUUGUUUAAAUUAUUUAAGAUGCGGAUUUAAAGACCCCAGAAGUAUUGAGCCUAUUUCAAAAAUGGUUGACCUGAAAAAAUUAAAGAUACUUUCGAAUCAUAAUUUUAAAAGUAUUUCGCAGCAAAUGUGUAGCAUUUUAGAGGAAUCCCAGUGCGAGAUUAAAAUAUCUUUAAAUGACAGUAAAAUGAAAUAUGAUCUAAAGGGGCGACUGCUCAUUGAACUGCAUAAUAAUGAUGCUUCGGAUUAUAGAACGUUGCUCACUUUGCCAAAACUAAAGUGCGUUGAAAUAAACGGCAAUCAUAAGCGCGGUACUCUUGUAAAAUUUUUAAAAAUGCUGGACUUGGUUCAGGUUGAGAGUUUGAUAAUAUGCCAAGAUAAUUUGUUUUCAGAAUUGAUUGGUGACGGGGAGUGCUUCCCCUUGAUUUAUCCGUCGCUUGGAGUACAGGAAAUAGCAGCACUCUCUAAUUGUAGGUCCUUGAAAAAAUUAUUUUGUGAAUUUUCCGACACCGAAAGCUUACAUCUUCUGCACAAUCUUCAUGCACUUGAGGAUUUAACCAUUAUCAGAAAACGACCAAAUGGUUCACUAAAGACAUUUUUUGCCGCUCUAGCGUCCCAAGAAGUUCCAUCUCUCAAAUAUUUUCGACUCCUACAUGGGGCGAUCGAUUCAUUAGAAGCUGCUGAAUUGGCUCGGAUAAAAUCUUUGAAAAGCGUGCAGUGUGACCUUCUCGACACCCAAGACAUCGAUAAAUUUGUAGACCUAGCUAAAGGACACCUUGAAACCCUUGAAAUUACUUCUAAUCAAACCUUGCACGAAAAAUAUUCAGGAUUUCUUAAAGUUGUACAGCCCUCACCACUUAAAACACUAUUACCCAACAAUAAAAUUAACAUUUUUCCAAAAAGUAUUGGUUUUUAUUGUUGAUAAAUGAGAAAUUUUGAGAUAUACCCAGAUCAGACCCUGAAAGGUUAGAGGAUCUUAUAAUAACCUAUUGUAAAGAAAUCCUAAAGUCAUUUUUAAGGUGCUAUCUAAACUGACCAAUCAUUUUAAAAAAUUAAAUAGUCCGCGUAUCUCAUGAUUAUUAUGAGGCACUGGAACUAAUUAAUAUUAAAUAUCUUCAAAAAUUGCAUGGAUAACUAAACGAAUCACGCAGCAUUGAAUUCUUACAACAUUUAACAUUGAGGAAUUCCCACAUAACAAGUUUCCUGAGUAUAUGGUGGAUGUAGAGAGGUAAAUAUAUUUUGAAAGAAAAAUGAAAUUCUUUGAAAAUUGAGCAAAAAAAUUAAGUAUCUCAAGCAAACAAUAUUUCCGGAACUAUUAUGACAUCAUAUUUUGAAGACCGCGAAGCAGGCCCUUAGCACUUGUUGUCUAUCGAAAAAAUCUACGAUGAAGAGUAUUUGAGUCUUUUCAUAACGAUCUGUGGAUAUAAUAUACGGACUAUCCUUAUAAAAAAAUGUACUAUUAAAA